GACACCCAUGACAGCUUGAGUCAUACAUCAUCACAAAAACCAUAUCACUUGUCAGGUUAUAAAUUAGGAGAAAGAUAUGAUAACCGAGAGAUAAUGUAGACUUUUUACAAUCGAUAAUGAUCUUGUGAGGUAGAAGUAUAAUGCGGAAUUCAGUUUUUAUCGUCCCGAUAAUGUUUUGUUCAUGAAAGAAAAUGGAUCAAAAUACCCGCGACAAUAAAGACCGGAACAUCGACUGGUCCCGCUUCGGCCUGGGAUCGGAAACAGCUCAAAGGGUCCGUGCAAACACUAGUGGUUUUGUCGACUUGUCGAACGAUUAUGGGGCCGGUGGCCACCAAGCGUCCGGUGCUAACGAACUUUUCGCCGAGGAGCAGGGAGACGUCCCUUGGUGGAAAUCAAACUUUUUCAUAUCACAACCUGUUCUCUUCGGCACUUGGGACGGUGUUUUCACCUCAUGUCUCAUCAACAUUUUCGGGGUGAUUGUCUUUCUGCGGUCGGGCUGGAUCGUGGGCCAGGCUGGCGUGAUCAGCGCAGUAUUAAUCGUUUUAGCGACCGUAUUUAUUGCUCUUAUCUCGGUUUUGUCAGCCGUGGGCAUCUGCGAGCGGUGCCGGAUUGAAAGCGGUGGCGUUUAUUUCGUGAUAGCGCACGUCCUUGGCUCGAGAUUUGGGGGCUCCUUGGGGCUGCUGUACUGCUUCGGACAGGCCGUAGGGUGUGCUUUAAAUGUGCUAGGUUUUGGGGAGUCGAUAGCUGAGUUGAUCGGUUUUGGUGAAUACAAAAUCGCAGUUAGGAUCAUAGCAAGUGCGGCGGUUUUGUUCUUAAGUGUGAUUAACGUUGCUGGCGUCAAAUGGGUCAUAAAGCUGCAGUUUAUACUUUUGUUAAUACUACUUUUGGCCGGAUUGGAUUUUAUGGUUGGCAGCUUUGUUCAUACAGAUGUUGAGAAUGGUUUUGAUGGUUGGUUGGGCGGCAACUUGCAUGCGAAUUUGUGGUCGGAGUACAAGGAUGGUUAUAGUUGGUUUACCGUGUUCGGGGUGUUUUUUCCGACAAUCACCGGGAUUUUGUCCGGGAUUAACAUGAGUGGGGAUUUGAAGGCGCCGUCUACGAAUAUCCCGAACGGAUCAUUGGCAGCUAUAAGCACUGGGACGUUUCUUUAUUUAGUUUUUGUUGUAUUCCUAGGAGCGACGUGUCAUAGAAACGUUCUAUUGACUGAUUUUAUGAUCGCCGCUAAAGUUUCCGCCAUUCGUGUCUUACUACUGGCUGGGCUUUAUGUCUCGUCAAUGUCCAGCUGUUUGGGGGCUAUGUACGGGACUCCGAGAGUCUUGCAGUCCAUAGCUUUGGAAAACGUCAUUCCAGGGAUCAGUAUUUUAGGAAUGGGGAGAGGACCAAAUAAAGUUCCCCUAUACUCAAUGGCAGUCGUUGCAAUCGUAACACUGACAUUUAUAAUGAUAGGGGAAAUAAAUACGUUAGCACCAAUUGUAACAAUGCCUUAUUUACUGACAUAUGCCUGUAUAGACUAUUCAUAUUUUGCUUUAGCCCAAACCUUUGAUAUACAACAUCAAAGGGAACAGCGAUUCGAUCGCCCGAAAAUCCACCAAACAUUCAGCGUCGACUCGGCCGAUAACGACCUCGACCGGCUGUUUCCCGAGCGCACAAGGCACAAAACAUUGCGGGGGGAGUCCAACUCGGGUUCGCCCAGCAGCCCCGACGACACGAUCGAGACGACCCCCAUCGCCCCAAAAACCCACAUCCACUCAAAACCGAAAAACUGGUACUCCAACUUAUGCAAUCGCUGGUUUUCACUUUUUGGCGCCGCUUUAAAAAUCGUCAUCAUGUUUCUCGUAAAUUGGGUUUACGCAAUUGCUUGUAUAAGCGUUGUGUUUCUCGUAUGGUUGUACAUCGGGACCGCUAAUCCGGCCGUUAAACCCGGCCUAGCGUCCGAAUUUCGAUUUUUCAGAUGGCUGAAAACGGCCAUUUUGCGAUGCAUGGGGAAGAGAGUUUAUGACUACGAACAAAUCGUUGUUACCCCCGUCCAUCCAGGCCUUGAUGUUACGUCAUCGCAAUUAAAUGAAGAUAAUGAAGAUUUUUCCAAUCGCCGACGCUAUCACCAGUCGGCCACUGUGCACGGCCACAUGGUGGCCAUCGACGACUAAUCUGCCUCAUUUUAACUUAACAACACUAAUUGUAUAUAUUUUUGUAAUUAUGGACUUAUCAAGAUUAAUGUUGUAAUUAUACCCGUUAAUAAUCAGUCUUUUUUAUGGCGCAAACCAACUUUAUUAUUUAUUUUCAAUAUAAUUUAAACACAAA